CCAGCUCCGCGGCGCCCUCGCCGGUGCGUGCCGCUCGCGCGCCCGCCCGCCAGGCUCUCCGCGCCCGCCGCCCGCGCCGCGCUGGCCCGGGCCCUCCCGCCCGCGCUUCAUGGCUGCACACGAGUGGGACUGGUUCCAACGCGAGGAGCUCAUCGGGCAGAUCAGCGACAUCCGAGUGCAGAACCUGCAAGUUGAGAGGGAAAAUGUGCAGAAGAGGACCUUUACUCGCUGGAUAAAUCUACAUCUAGAAAAGUGCAACCCACCUCUAGAAGUUAAAGAUUUAUUCGUCGAUAUACAAGAUGGCAAAAUCCUAAUGGCUUUGUUAGAAGUCCUGUCUGGGCGGAAUCUGCUGCAUGAAUACAAAUCCUCGUCGCAUCGCAUUUUUCGGUUGAACAACAUAGCGAAAGCACUUAAGUUUUUGGAAGAUAGCAAUGUAAAACUGGUUAGCAUCGAUGCAGCAGAAAUAGCAGAUGGCAACCCUUCUUUGGUUCUUGGGCUGAUAUGGAACAUAAUCCUCUUCUUCCAGAUUAAGGAGCUCACAGGCAACCUCAGCAGAAACUCUCCAUCUUCCAGCUUGUCCCCUGGCUCAGGGGGCACAGACUCAGACUCAUCCUUCCCACCCACACCCACUGCAGAGAGGAGCGUGGCAAUAUCCGUGAAAGACCAGAGGAAGGCCAUCAAAGCCCUGUUGGCGUGGGUGCAGAGGAAAACGAGAAAGUAUGGCGUGGCGGUGCAGGACUUUGCGGGCAGCUGGAGGAGUGGGCUGGCUUUCCUGGCCGUGAUUAAGGCCAUUGACCCCAGCCUAGUGGACAUGAAACAGGCGCUGGAAAAUUCCACACGAGAAAAUCUGGAGAAGGCCUUCAGCAUCGCACAGGAUGCCCUGCACAUCCCCAGGCUCCUGGAGCCAGAAGACAUCAUGGUUGACACACCGGAUGAGCAGUCUAUCGUGACUUACGUGGCACAGUUUCUAGAACGUUUUCCAGAGUUGGAAGCCGAAGAUAUUUUCGAUUCAGAUAAAGAAGUUCCUAUUGAAUCCACUUUUGUUCGCAUCAAAGAAACUCCUUCUGAACAGGAGAGCAAAGUCUUCGUUCUGACUGAAAAUGGGGAGCGUACCUACACUGUUAACCACGAAAGCAGCCACCCACCACCCUCCAAAGUCUUUGUCUGUGACAAGCCCGAGAGCAUGAAGGAAUUCCGCCUGGAUGGUGUUUCCAGCCAUGCACUGUCAGACAGCUCCACCGAGUUCAUGCACCAGAUCAUUGACCAGGUUCUGCAAGGGGGCCCAGGCAAGACCAGCGACAUCAGUGAGCCAUCUCCAGAAUCCUCCAUUUUAUCAUCCAGAAAGGAGAGCGGGAGGUCCAACUCUUUGCCAAUCAAGAAGACAGUUCACUUUGAGACUGACACCUACAGGGAUCCUUCCUGCAGUAAGAACCUGUCCCUUUGCUUUGAAGGGAGCCCAAGAGUGGCAAAGGAAUCAUUGAGGCAGGAUGGACAUGUCUUGGCAGUUGAGGUUGCUGCGGAGAAGGAACAGAAACAGGAGUCCUUGAAGAUUCCAGAAUCCUCCUCUGACAAGGUCCCUGGUGACAUUUUUUUGGCGGAGGGCACGAUCAAUAAUUCUCAGUCUUCCUCCUAUAAUGGCGCUUUAGAGAGUACAGCCCGCCAUGAUGAAGAAAGUCACUCUCUUUCACCCCCAGGAGAAGAUACUGUGAUGGCCGAUUCCUUCGAGAUCAAGGUUAACCUGAUGACCGUAGAAGCUUUAGAGGAGGGAGACUAUUUUGAAGCUAUCCCAUUAAAAGCCUCGAAAUUUAACAGCGACCUAGUAGAUUUUGCUUCUACCAGCCAGGCUUUCAACGAAGUUCCUUCACCUCAUGAGACAAAACCUGACGAGGAUGCUGAGGCUUUUGAGAAUCAUGCUGAAAAACGAGGUAAAAGGAGUACUAAAUCUGCUCACAAAAAGAAAGAUUCUCCAGAGCCUCAAGGUAAGACGGACAAACAUGAACCUCACCAGGACUCCGGAGAAGAAGCUGAAGGCUGUCCUUCAGCCCCAGAAGAGACGCCAGUGGAUAAAAAGCCAGAGGUGCAUGAAAAGGCCAAGAGAAAGUCCACCCGUCCUCAUGAUGAGGAAGAGGGAGAAGACGAUGACCUCCAGGGUGUGGGCGAGGAAUUAUCUUCCAGCCCCCCAAGCAGCCGUGUCAGCUUGGAGACCCUUGGGAGUCACAGCGAAGAAGGCCUGGAUUUCAAGCCCUCCCCACCCCUCUCAAAGGUUUCCGUCAUUCCCCACGACCUCUUCUAUUUCCCACACUAUGAGGUUCCCCUGGCUGCAGUUUUGGAGGCUUAUGCAGAAGACCCGGAGGAUCUAAAAAACGAAGAAAUGGAUCUCGAAGAGCCAGAGGGCUGUAUGCCAGACCUGGACUCCAGGGAGGAGGAGGCUGAUGGCUCUCAGAGCAGCUCCAGUUCCUCGGUGCCAGGCGAGAGCCUCCCCAGUGCCAGUGACCAGGUGCUGUGUCUCAGCAGGGGUGGUGCGGGUACCACACCAGCCUCGGAACCCGCUCCUCCGGCCCCCCAUGAGGACCACCAGCAAAGGGAGACCAAAGAGAAUGACCCCAUGGACAGCCAUCAGUCCCAGGAAUCCCCAAACCCGGAAAACAUAGCAAACCCCUUAGAAGGAAAUGUAACGAAAGAAUCAAUCAGUAGUAAAAAAAAGGAAAAAAGGAAACAUGUGGACCACGUAGAAAGUUCACUAUUUGUAGCACCUGGAAGUAUUCAAUCCUCAGAUGACCUAGAAGAAGACACUAGCGACCACUGCAUUCCUUCCAGGACUAGUCACAGUGACUCCAGCAUUUACAUUCGACGACAUACUAAUAGGUCUUCGGAAUCGGAUCAUUUUAGCUAUGUUCAGUUGAGGAACGCAGCAGAUCUGGAUGACAGAAGAAACCGAAUGUUAACCAGGUACAAUACUCAGAAGCUCACUGAGCUGAUUUUACAGUUUUAUGGCAUCAGAGCAGACAUGAAGAGGGAAAGCAAACAUGCCAGGAAGUCUAUGAAAGCCAACAGCUCAGGAGAAGCCAUGUCACUGGGGAGCCACAGCCCGCAGAGCGACUCUCUGACGCAGCUUGUCCAGCAGCCGGAUAUGAUGUAUUUUAUUCUCUUCCUGUGGCUCCUGGUGUACUGCUUGCUGCUGUUCCCACAACUGGAUGUUAACAGACUCUGAUACGUGUGUCUGGAUAAUAAAAAAGACAGGACCCUGACCGGGGCGGGGUACUUCAUUUUAUUUUGGGUUCUGGGUGGGGUACUUCUACAGACAGUUGAGGACCUCCGAGGAAACUUAGUCGCCCUUUCUCACUGUUGUGGUUUUUGUGUGUGUGCUUUUUUUUUUCCCCAGGUUUCCUUUUUUUUCUGGAUGAUGUGAGCAUGCUUUUUUCUUUGGCUGUGUACUCAAAACUCAGGCAUGCAGCUGGAUCCGUAGGUGGGGUUUGUGCUUGUGUGCCUUGCUGGGUCGGAUAGGAAGCAUCAUUAGUGAUCAUUAGCCUGCCUGGAUCUUAGCGCACCCCACAUGCAGGUUCACAUCCUAGAUGAACUAGGAUUCAGAUGAAGGGCUGCUUGGUGAGAAAGAGGGUGGGCUCUCCCAGGCAGAGCCCCAGCUGGGAAGAAAGCUGCCACAUUUUCCUCCAAGCAUGGAUGUUUGAGAGAAGGUACUGGGGUCCAUGCACCUGUUGCAGUCCAGUAACUGGUUGCAUUCACUGGGGGAAAUCUGAGCAGCCGGCUCUGUGCAAGCACAUCCGGGAAUGGCAGAAUCCAGGGAGCAAGGGGAAAGCUGUGUUGAGAGCCACAGUGUGCUCUUUUUCAUCCUGGUUUGUUGUUGUUGUUGUUGUUGUUGUGUUGUUUGUUUGAGGGGAGAUGCAUUUGAAAUUCAGUUUUCCAUUGAUUGGAUUGAGAUAGAGCCAUGAUUUUCAAACCAGAUCCUCAAGGCCCAGCGGGGCCCUGUAAAAGCCAUGAGGAGUGGCUGGGCUGGAAUCAGCUCCCACCGGUGCUGGAGCUGGGUGAUGCGGCAACUUCCUACCCGCCAAAGCUUUGGUGCACACCUCCCUCAGAAUGCACGUCUUGGCAUGGGCAUCCUUUGUGGUCACUUGUAAUGGGUUUCUUGAAGAGGCUUUCUGGACAGUACUCUGGGAGCAGGCCAGCACAGGAGGUUUGUGAAAGAAGGUAGGCGUCUCUAGCACCCCUGCCCCCCGUCGUCUUCAGCCCCGGGCUCUCUCCACUCUCUCCUUCCUGCCAAGACUCCGGUCUGUGGCGAAUCUCUGCAUCAGUUCCUCCUCCUCUUGCUCUCCCGUUCAGAAAGCACGUACCAGGCAACCCUUAUAAAAUCACAAACGAGUCAGGAGGGGACUCAGAGAGCAUCUUGUCUAGCUGAACCCAGGGUGACAGAGCAGCGUGACCAAGAUCAUGCAGCCAACCGGGGGCAGACUUGCGGUGAGCACACGGGCACCUGAUGUCCCCUUGUAGGAAACUUCCACCGGGCACCCCCGUGUCCUGAGAAAAAGAUAAAAUGACUAGAUUAAAAUGUCCACAUUCAAACAAAACCAAAAAUUUUAGACCAACUGUCGACGUUUGUUUUGUUCUUGUAUUUUUCCCAUGAGGAAGUCUUACUCACCUUCAAGCUCAUCCCCGUUUCCUUCUGAAAUACCCUGGACGGCUGCAACAGCUUGUCAUUUGACAUACCAGCGUCGUUCUUACUCCAGGAAUCGCGUUUCUUUCUUUGCUAGCCAAGGACUUGCUCAUUUCAAGCAGUGGGUUUCAAGUUCACAGAAUUCCAGCAUGGCCAGAAGAAUUUACACAGCACAUCUGAGUCGAUGACAGCCCAAAUCUGGCCUCUAAACCAGUCUGAUUAUAGUCUGUCUCCCCUCCUGAAAGAAUUUCAGCCUUCCAAGCAGAAGGCUGUUGGGAGCUUGGAGUGAUUCCAUCUGGAAGGCCAAGAGCCCCGUGGAAAAUGAGCUAAUUAAUGAGCUCCCUGGCAUCAAUGAAAGCGCAAAGGUACAGAUAAUAAAGAUUAUGUGUGUGAUAGUUUAUAACCCUGGGCACCAUGCAGUCCUCGCCUAAAUUAGAUGCUCAAAGAGCCCGGGAAGAGCCGACCAAAAUGUGAAUCAUUUCAUUUUAUGGGUCUAGACCUUGUUCAGAAAAACCUCUGCAGGAUUCUUUUCUCACCUAUUACAACUUGUAAUAUUGUUUAAAACAUCCACUGGCAAGAUGCCUAAAAGUCAUUGGGUUCAGGUUGGCAGUCAACUGAUUUUUUGAAAAGGAAAAAGAAAUCUCAUUUGAGUAUGGACUUCUAUGGAAGAAGGUGAAUAUAGAAAAUGGAUGUGGAAGUCUGCAGGAGAAACCACCCCAUUGCUUGUAAUUUUUUUUUUAAUUUAAAAGAAAUGCAAUAAGGCUUUUAACAAGAACUAGCAGUCCCCUAAGUCUCGCGGCUUAGAAGUAACCACUUUCACCUCUCUUAUGUUUGCAUUUCUACAUAACGUGCUUACGCUUAUGUUUUAAUUAAUUUAGAAACACCUACCGGCUUGCUAUCACAGUAGAUGAGGAUUUCACUCUUACCAUACCGUAUUUUGGUUUUCCAGUAUAGCUAGAUCACAUCAUUUCAUACAUUUCUAUUAGGUGUUGACAUUACCUAGAGCACUUAAGGAUUGUUGACUCCCAAGCCCAGCAGUGUGUUAUGGUUACAUGUCCUCCUUUCUCCUCCAAAUGUCCCCCUUAAUUUGUUAUUCUCUCUCUUUACUUUUCUUUUCUUUUUCUUUUCUUUUUUUUUUUUUUGGUGUGGCACAUUAAUAACUUCCUGAGGAAGAGAACAUGGGAAGUAAAUAUGGUUGUAAAUAUUUUGAGAUUUUUGCAUGACUUAAAAUGUCUGUAUUCUGCCCUUAACAGAAAUGUGGCUGAGCAUAGAAUGACAGGUGGAAAAUAAUACCCUCUCCUAACGCCUCCCAAGUGUGCUGGUGUUGAGAUUUCUGAUGCCAUUCUGAGUCCCAUACCUUUACAUGUGACUUAGGUUUUUUAUCCACCCUCCCUGGAAACAUUUAAAAUCUCUUUAUUCUUGGUGUUCUGAACUGUCAUGAUGGUGUCAUAUCCUGGGUGUUAAACCUUGCGCUGGGGCUUCAUGGGAAAUUUCUUAAAGUUUAUUGUGAUUACUUACAUUUUUUUCUUUCUGGACCACCUAUUAUUUCAAUGUUGGACCCUCCCCUACCCCCAGGCUGAUGCUGUAAGUUUUAUCUUUUCUGUUUUUCAUCUGUUUCCGAUCUGCUUUCAGGAAGAAUUAUUCAUUUUUAUCUUCCCAAUCUGAAGGUUGUAUUGAAGUUUUAUUUUCCAAAUUAACAAAACCUUUGGU